AUGGGACAUCAUAAUGUCAUUCAGAAAGUUAAAGAUAAGGUGGCGGCACUUAUAUCUGCCAAUUUGAUCUCUAUUAAGCAUUUUAAAAAUUAUUUCUGUGUGUUUGAAGCUUUAGGUGGUAACUUGGAUCCUUCUAUUUCUGUUGUGCGUACUUUUCAGUGGAUCAAGCCCCCUAGAAAUUUCUAUAAAUUAAAUAUUGAUGUGAGUAUUUCUGGAAAUGUUGCUGGUUUUGGUGGGGUCAUUAGGGACAGCAAUGGUUUACUUGUUGCUGGUUUUACGGGGCCUUUGAAUAUUUGUGAUUAUAAUCCUGCUAUGAAUAAGACUAUUCUCUAUGGUUGUCAAGUUUGCACAACUCUUAAUGUUUUUAACUUAAUUAUUGAAGUUAACUCUGCCUUCAAUUUUAUCCCUCUUGUUGCUGAGGUGGAUUCUUGUUGCAAUGCUAAUAGUUUUUAUCUUAUUCGUGAUAUUAAGCAGCAGCUAUUGUGUUUUAAUUAUUCUUUUCAUCAUAUUAUGAACGGGGGUAAUGUCUGUGCAUCUCAGCUUGCUCGGUGGGGCUAUGAUCUCAUUAGAAAUACUGAUUUUUUCAGGAUCAAUUGUCCUAAUCAGCUUAGGGGAUAUCUUAAACUUGAAGAGAAUGAGGUUCCUUAUGUUAACGAUUAA